AUGGUGAAAAAUUCCUCUUUAUUUCAGAAUGAACGGAUAGCAAAACCUGAUGAUUUCGAUCAAGGCUUUACAGCGGAUGGACGAGUGAAGAAGGAAGCCAACGAUAUUAUUCGUGGUGCCCUCAUCGACCCAGGAGCUGACCUUGUUGUAUGUGACGAAGGUCAUAAAAUCAAAAAUCUCAACACCGACAUCGCUUCUGCCUUGGGAGCUAUCAAGACUAGGCGACGCAUUGUACUGACUGGAUACCCAUUGCAAAAUAAUCUUAUGGAAUAUUACUGCAUGGUAGACUUUGUUAGACCCGAUUUUCUGGGUUCGAGGAAGACAUUUUUGAUACAGUUCGAGAAACCGAUCAAAAACGGCCAAUGCAUAGAUUCGACAGCAAGUUUGUUUUUCGUCUGGUUUUUGCUUUUACCAUAG